AUGACGAUGAUCAGAAGCUCUAGCAAUCAAAGCAAUGCAGAUUUUCCUCAAGAGCAAGAAUUCAUCAACACUGCCACUUUCCCUCGCUGGAAACUUUACGAAAAUCCCUUUUAUUGUUCACCUAAUCAUCAACAACAACAGCAACCAUGCCCACGUAACAAGCGUUUACAUCGACUAGGCCUUCCUGUUUCUGCUCGGAAGAUCGCUGCUUCUUUCUGGGAUCUUACCUUGUUCAAACCAGUUAUGGAUUCUGAUCUUGAUAUAGCUCGAGCCCAUAUCGUUGAGCUGAAAGCUGAGUUAGAGUAUGAACGUAAAGCUCGUAAAAAGGCUGUGACCAUUAAUAAGAAAUUGAUUAAAGAAGUUGGUGAGGAACGAAGGGGAAGAGAAGCACUGGAGAGAGUAUGCGAAGAGCUUGCAAGAGAAAUUUCAUUGGAUAAAGCAGCCAUUGCUGGAAUGAAGAAUGAGGUUGAUGAGGAAAGAAAGAUGCUAAGGAUGGCUGAAGUUUUAAGGGAAGAACGAGUUCAGAUGAAGCUGACUGAGGCCAAGAUUCUCUUUGAGGAGAAAUUGUUGGAAUUGGAAGAAACGAAACGCAUGCAACCAUCAUUUACUGCAAAUCUUUCAGGCAAGUUUUCAAGGUUAGUUUUUAGCGAGUCAUCAUCAUCUUGUACUUCAUCAAUGGAAAUGCAGCGAAAAGCAUCUCCAGAAACUCGGAAUCCUCACAUAAGGAGAGGGAUCAAAGGGUUUGUCGAAUUUCCUCGAGUGGUUCAAGCAAUUGGAUCAAAGAGUAAGCAUUGGGGUACGAAGCUGGAGUGCCAAAAGACUCAACUAAAGAUCCUACUUAAGCAGAAAAGCCCCAUCCGAUCAAAUAGUCUCAUUACGAGUUGAGUUUAUCAGUUCUCUCCUUCAAACACUAUAUUCUACAAGUUAUUCGACUUUCUGUUUUUGGGGUUCAAUUCUGUUUCUUCUUUUGAGUUUUGUUGUUGAAUUGUUUCUGCAAAUCGGGUACUUACGCGUAACCCAAAAUAUCCUGUUCUUGGAAGAUGUUAAGAAGUAACG